AGAAUACGUUUACACCCUCUUCAUCCAGAUGUGAGUACGCGCGUGCCCGUGCAUCUGCUUUGCUGUGUGCGCGCGCAUUAUAAAGACCUUUUAGUUCACGUGCGGAAGAGACUGUAGUGCGGGGUGGGGAAGAAAUGACUUGUGGGAUGCGAAGUAGCCGGCGGCAAGAGAGGCAGAGGAGGCUGAUUGACACACAGAGAGAAACGUCAGGGAGCGGAGCGGGAAAUAAAAGAGGGAGAGUUAUAAAACAUCCAGCGUUACGGUUAAUUUAAAGCCUUGCAGACAUUUCGAUCUGCGCACACGAACAGCGGAUACCGAGCGGAAGAAAAAAAAAGUUCAGAUCCCACGAAUCAGCGCGUGGGAGUGGGAAGCAGGAUCGCAGUGUGGUGAUGACCGGCUCAUAUAACAACUUCUUCAGGAUGUUCGAUCGCGGCCACAGGCGGGAUGUGACAUUGGAGGCGUCCCGUGAAAACAGCAAGCCCAUGCAGGUCCUGAAGCCCCGCAAGGUGUGCACAGGCGGCAAACGCAAAAAGGAUGAAAUCAGCGUGGAUAGUUUGGACUUCAAUAAGAAGAUCCUGCACACUGCCUGGCAUCCCCAGGACAACAUCAUUGCGGUGGCAACGACCAACAACCUCUACAUAUUCCAGGAUAAAGUGAACUAAUUGCAGGGUGAGCUUGUCACAUCUGGCGCGGGUGAUGUCAUUUGUAACCACCCGCAGCCUCACAGCCUCAUCCAGGGCGAUCUGUGGUGGUAAUGCCGACAACCAGCAUCCCUGUCCGGCCCUACUGGGUGACCAGACUUUGCCACUAGAUGUGGACAGAGAUGACUUGCUCUUGCCCAUCAUCAGUCUGUCUGUGGCAGAGUGAUGCCUGCCUUGUUGUUAAGUGAUGUUGUGCCAAUUUCUUUCUCUUCAUCAUAUUUUUUUUUUUUUUUUGCCAACCCGCCUGCCCUUUACUUUUCUAGUGUGGGUAAAACAAGUUUAAUUUCCUUAAAAUUCUGAAUACAGACACACUUAUUUUUAUAAAUACCCCCCCAUCCCCUAAAAUGGUAGAAAAUGAAAAACACCUAGUUUGUCCCAUGAUUAUCCUGUGCCAUUGUAUUGUUUAUUUUUCUAAGAAAAGUUUGACCUUUGUUGCAUGUACACCUUCUUUUUUUUUUUACCUUCCACUAAUUCAUCAGUUCUGCUGUCUGUUCUUGUUGAGUGUCUUCACAUUUCCUGUUUUUCAUUAAACCAUACAUUCUUCACAACUUGCUGCUCAUCCUGGACACAUCCAGGAUUUUGAGAAGUACAGUGUUUUUUGCUUGUGGUUUGUUUUUGUUUUUGUUUUUUGUUUUUUUGUGGUCCGCUCAGAUUUGGUCCAGUGAGGCUUUUGUCUUGCUUGAUGUUUCUGUCACUGUGCCUCAGGCUGUGGUUGGCCAAACGGGCCCAGAUUCAAUAAGAGCUGCUUCUUUGUUUUUGUUUUUGUUUUGUUUUUUCCCCUUGGGUGUGUGUGUGGGUGUGUGUGUCUUGUGAUAUCUUUGUGCAUCGGCUCCUCUUCCUCCUAUUUUUUUUUUUUUUUUUUUUUUUUUUCUUGUCUUCAAUAAUAGUCAGGUAUCAGAGAAGGCCUAUUCAAAGAUAAUUAUGAUGGUCAUAUUUAUAUUAAAAAGGUUAAAGAGUCAACAGGUUUGUUCUGUCCUGUUUUGUGAGAUGAAGCCUGACCUUAAACUCCUAUUUUAUAUUUUGUUUUGGUUUUUUUUGAGGGGUGGGAUUUUUACCUUUUGCCCCCUCCCCCCCCUUCAUCCUGUACCACAGCAUUCAGUUCAAGCUGCACUUCACAACAGGGAAGAACAUCUGAUUUGACACUGGACUUUGUUGCUGCACCAACUCAAGUACUUGGAUGUCUGUGAUGUGAGACUGAAAUUUAAAAAAAAAAGAAAAAAAGAAAACAUUAUUUGAGGCAUUACAGUGUUUAAACUACUGCAGACCUAACUGAUACUGUAACCAUGAUGGUGCAAUGAGCCUCACAGAAGAUCUGCAGCACUUGGAUGUCUCCACACCCUAUUUAAAAAGUGGACAGUUAAGAGUAUAUUGAUGCCUCUAGUAAUGUAUAACUGCAAUUUUAAUCAAUGACAGUGGGGAAAAAAAAUAAAGGAACUACUUUUUGCAUCCUUGUGAAUGCCUGGUUGUUGGUGGGAUCGCAUCACUGCUCAACUGAUCUUAUGCAAAGUGUUACAGCUGGGUUAUCACAGAGCAUUGUUGUUGACAUCAUUAAACUCCUUCAGCUGGUAAGGGGACUUCUUUUUUUUCAGCUGUUGCCCCAACAAUCACCGUGCAAGACGUACGUGCAGUUGCGAUUAAGGGAUUACUUGAUGGACAUGAUAAAAUUCAGCCGCUGAAAGUUUAUUGAAAUCAGCUGAUAGGGUGUCCACUUGCUGAAAGCUGGUAAUAAGCAUUCAUCUGGCUCGUGGCUUGACCGCGUGUGUACGUGGGGGCAUACACGUCCCGUCCUGCAUGGCAAACUCAGAGCCCGCUGUGACGUCAUCACCCAGCUUCCCGGAGAGAGGGAGGGAGCGAAGGCGUGAGCGGGCUCGUGGGGAGACUGGCUGCUUCCAGACCAGCUAACGCUCGAAAACAAGCGACAGCUGUGCUGUAGCUUAGCUAGCUGCUGCCCCCUCAACCCCCAUCUUAAAGAUAAAAAACACAAGAAAAAAAAAAA